GUGCGGACCUGUCUUGGAGGAAGGAUGGUUCCGAGGUUCCGAGGAGAUAAUGGGGCGGCAGGUAGAAAGAUGUGUGAUCCAGAGGACAAUGCUAUCAAUCUUAUAGAGAUGGAGUUUCAAGAUGGUACACUUUACUUCAAAGCUGAAGAUGACGAUCUCCUGGAAUCAGAUAGUUUCCAUAAGUUCGAAGACCCCAGAAAUGCAAUCUUAAGAAACUUGAACAAUCAAGUUCUCAUGAAAAGAAGUGGGAUGGACGUUGCUGUGCUCGAGGAUAUGGUUGAUAGUGAGAUUCAAGCAAACGCACCCCAAACUAUAUUUAUAAUCCAAGCCUAUAAAGAGACUGUACCCAAUGGUUUGGCAAUAGCCAUCUUGGUGAGGAAUAAAAACCAGAUUUAUAGUCUGUCCUGCCAGAACAAAGAACUUCAAUUUAAGGAAGGUCCUGCUCCAAAUCAUAUUGCCUCUACAGCAAGUGAUUUUAUAUUCUACCAAAAGAAGGUUAUAGGUCAUGAGAAGAUGCAAUUUGAGUCUUCAUUGUACCCAGGAUAUUUUCUGGCUUGUGAGAAGGAACAGCAGGGCUAUUUUAAACUUGUUUUAAAAGAAGGCUGUCAAGAAGAGGAUAAGUUUAUGAUGUUUAUUGUUCAGUAUUGCUAGAAAAAAGAUACAUAAAACCACUUUGAAAAAAUGUCUUGGGACAACAGAGAAAAAAACGUAUGAGUAGAAAACACACACACACACACACACACACACAAAUUCUUAGUGACUUCUAAAAGAAAUUCAUCCACUUAAUUAAAAUUUUAAAGUCAAGAAAUAAAGACCCAGUAUAACGAACGCAAUGAUAUAAA